GCGGGACAAUCUCGCCGAUUUGAACUUGAGCCCAACCCUCCCGCCCCUUUUCUUGAGACCAACUUCCUGCUACUUCCUCCCAUUCUCAUCCCACCAUCAACUCCUUCCCACUGGGACAUCAAAUCUGUUACCAACAUCAGCAACCCAGCCGGCAACUCCUAUUAAAACCAACUCCAAUAAAGCCCACAGCCCCAACAACACCAGCGCAAUGGCCGACACGACUAGCACCACGCCUGUCACCCACUCCAGCGACGCUUCCGCCUCAAUCCUUGCCGGGACUGGCAACAUGUCCGCUCCCGUUUUGAACCCUGUGUCGAACCUGGCGUUGGGCCCCCGUUCAGUCCCCAUGCUCACCAACAUGACAAACGCCGCCGCCGGCACCACGUCGACCAACGCUGCCGACACCAUGUCGACCAACACCGCCGACACCAUGACAAACGCCGCCGCCGGCACCACGCCGACCAACGCCGCCGCCGGCACCACGUCGACCAACGCUGCCGCCAACACCAUGACAAACGCCGCCGCCGGCACCACGUCGACCAACACCGCCGACACCAUGACAAACGCCGCCGCCGGCACCACGCCGACCAAUACCGCCAACACCAUGUCGACCAACACCGCCGACACCAUGCCGACCAACGCCGCCGCCGGCACCACGUCGACCAACGCUGCCGCCGACACCAUGUCGGCCAACGCUACCGCCAACACCAUGUCGACCAACACCGCCGACACCACGCCGACCAACGCCGCCGCCGGCACCAAAGCCAACACCGCCGCUGGCUGCAACAUCGCCACCGAUGUGUCUUCCACGACCACCGGUGACCAUGGCGGUGACAACAGCAACAACACUGAGCCGUCCGAGCGGACCCACCAUCGCGUUUACCUGGCCACCUACCUCACCUUCGAUCUGCCCCAUCACGCCAUCUGCGUGGAACUCAAGCCCAACAACAACACCUUGGCCUGGGGUCGCAUGUCCCAGGUUACCGGCGAUCUCUAUUCAGGAAUGGUGUUCAACGCCAAGGACUGCUGCCAUCCGUUCAUCUCUAUGAACGGGGACACCAUUGAGCACAUUGGCUGGGCACACCAGGACACCAGCGUGGAGGAGGCCUGCCGGCUCGUUUCCCCGCCCGGGCAGCAGGUGGAUGACAAUCUGAAGCGGAUCAACCCUGGUGUGCCCCUUCGCCAUUGCCACCACUGGGUCGUUGACACCAUUGCCGAGCUGCGGACCACCGGGGUCCUUCAGCCUCUGACGGCCUCCGACGAUGGCAGCGUCAUUCCGCGGCUGGGGGCUAUCAGGCACAUCACCGGCAUGUAAGGGCAGUCGACGGCCAUAGGUACAAGGGGAAGGGCUGCGGAUUUCGAUUCACAUUUGAGAGAGCUUUAGGGCAGGCGAGCCGGG